CCACAUUAUAUAUAUAUAUUAUACUAUAUAUGAUAUUGACAUUUCCACACAAUGACGAAAUGAAUCUGAAUGAUUUAGGAACAGCUGAAUUUAGAUGCAUUACUGUACUAUACUCGACAGUAGAAAAGUUCAAGUUUGUGAUGUGAUUGAUUAACCUGACAGCUGCAGUCAAUCCAUGAUGGAAUGUAUUUGAGUGUACUUGAGACAUCAUUUGAGACAUGAUUCUCCUGGUCGCGUGCCCAUCAUGUUUCGGCUCUGAGACGUGCAGCCUCGGACCUUUGAGUAGCAGACAUGUUUCGCCGAGUAGCUGGCCGGCUGCGUUCGCACGUGCGCUUGGUCGCUGCCUUUGCCCGUCAACAGCCUGUCUCUCGGGCCGUGCUGCCCACGACGCUAGUCGCAGCUGGACUGGGAUCCUUCUUCAUACCAACCGCCAAGGUCACCCAAGCACAAGGCAAGGCAAAGAGAGUGGCCAUCUAUGGCGGCGCCUUCGACCCUCCCACUAACUCCCAUAUGACUUGCGCCAGCGAGAUUGUACAUAGUGGCUGUGCCGAUGAAGUGUGGCUGGUGCCUUGUGGACCUCGUCCAGACAAACCCAAGUUGAAGACCCCUGCCUUGGACCGAUAUUGUAUGUGCCAGAUCGCCGUGAAUACCGUGUUUUCCCCGGACUUCCCCAUUAAGGUUACUUGGAGCGGAAUCAAGCAGUUCGUGGGCAUAUCAGAUUAG